AUGCAGGAUCCAACCGGUGCCAUUACUUUGAGAACUCGCAAGUUCACCGCUAACCCAUUGCUGCAAAGACGUCAAUUCGUCUUGGACGUUCUCCACCCAACCCGUCCAAACGUCUCAAAGCAAGAGCUCCGUGAGAACCUUGCUCAAAUGUACAAGGCUCAAGUUGAAGCCGUUGCUGUCUUCGGUUUCCGUACUCACUUUGGUGGUGGUAAAUCAACCGGUUUCGGUUUAGUCUACGACUCUGCAGAUGCCGCUAAGCAAUUCGAACCAAAAUACAGAUUGGUCAGAUUCGGUCUCGCUGAGAAGGUCACUAAGCCAUCAAGAAAGCUCAGAAAGGAGAGAAAGAACAAGAGCAAGAAGGUUCGCGGUACCGCCAAGAGCAAGGCAUCAUCAGACAAGAAGAAGUAA